AUUCAGAUGGUUUAUGAUGUUAAUUUCUGUCCAGCUUCGUCAUAAAUGCGUCUAUAGGCGAUUGGUCUGGUUUAGUAAUGAAUGUAAUCUGAGUAAUCUCCAGAAGUCGUCUAGUGUAGGAGCUGAGGUGGGUGAGUUAACAGGUUGUGGAUCAUUACAGGAGUCGCUUACACACGAGCUCCAGCAGGAGGCGCCAGAGAUCAGAGACAUCACAUCUUGUGCCAAACUGCUUUAAAAUACUUUUCUCUAUAUCAAUCUACACUCCACACACCAUAAUGGUGAAACAGGUUUUUAACAUCUUUGCAAAUUUACUCAAAUUAAAAAACUUAAAUGAUUCCAUUGCAUAAGUAUUCACACCCUUAUCUGAAACGGUGGCUACUGUGAAAUUUAGCUCAGGAGCAUUCAUAUUACUUCUAGAUGUUACUACACUUCCAGGGAAGUUAACCUGUGGCACAUUCAGUUGAAUGGGCUUGAUUUGUAAAGCCACACAGGUCUUAAUAAAAGGUUUAACAGCUGAAAAUGCAUAUCAGAGCAAAAACCAAGCCCUGAGGUCAAAAGAAGAACUUCCUGUAGAGCUCAGAAACCGGUUUGCAUCAAGCCACACAUCUGUGGAAGAGUUCAGAGAAGAUUCUGCAGCGUUGAAGGGUCACAGAAGCAUGUCGUCUCUGUUACUCUAAACCGAUGAAGUGACCCCUGACCCCUCCAGGACUCUGUGAAUCACGUCUGAGCGGCUCGGACACAUAUUAUACAUCAUACACUGACACGACUCGACUCGAGGCUGUAAACCGCUUCAGCUACGUGUUAGCACUCUACUUAUUUCAGCUUUUGUAUUUCUAAUACAUUUACAAACUCUGUUUUUGCUUUGUCAUUAUGGUGAUUAGAGUGUAGAUUUAUGUGGGAAUAAAAGUUAUUUAAAUGGAUUAACAAGAUGUGAAAAGAAUGAAUACUUCUGCAAGGCAGUGUAGAUGUGGGUUAGAAUGAAAUCGGCUGGGUUUGUGUGCAGCUUCAGUGUUGAAGUAAAAACACUUGUUGACUAGUUCUGCUGAUCCUCUGAUAGUGAACGAGCGGUUAGUGAGACGCUCCACCAGUUACUCUCUCUCUCCAUCAUCAUCAUCAUCAUCAUCACUCACUACUAGAUAUCAGCAUCUUCUGCUUUAGAAGGGACCAGAUCUAACCCUCACAAGUACAGCCAAACAGCAGUGUGUGUGUGUGUGUGUGUGUGUGUGUGAGAGAGAGAGAGAGUGUGUGUGUGUGAGAGAGACAGAGUGUGUGUGUGUGUGUGAGAGAGAGAGAGUGUGUGUGUGUGUGUGAGAGAGAGAGAGAGAGAGAGUGUGUGUGUGUCAGCAGGGAAGUGGUUUAUUCGAGCACAUUGUCUCCCCGAGUCCCUCCCUCUAAACCACAGACAGACAACAGAAGUGAGACAGACGACACGCACUACACUCUGUCCGUUAUCUCUCUAACGGCUGUGUGUGUGUGUGUGUGUGUGUGUGUGUGAUCAUGAGGACUCUCCACAGGCUGAAGUUGAUGAGUUCUCCCAGUCUGAGUGAUUUGGGUCGAUUAGAGAAAUCAGCGCUGGAUGACAGGAACAACCAGCAGCACCGAGCUGGAGCCAACGCCACCUGGAACAGCAUCCAUAAUGCCGUGAUCGCCGUGUUCCAGCGGAGGGAUCUGGGAGAGAAUGAGCUCUAUGUGCUGAAUGAAGGCGUCAGGCAGCUCCUGAAGACUGAGUUGGGCUCCUUCUUCACAGAAUAUCUGCAGAAUCAGCUGCUGACGAAGGGAAUGGUGAUUCUGAGAGAUAAGAUUCGCUUUUAUGAAGGUCAGAAGCUGCUGGACUCUCUGGCAGAAACGUGGGACUUCUUCUUCUGUGAUGUUCUGUCCAUGCUGCAGGCCAUCUUCUACCCCGUCCAGGGGAAGGAGCCGUCUGUCCGUCAGCUGGCUCUGCUGCACUUCAGGAACAUCAUCACUCUCAACAUAAAGCUGGACGAUGCUCUGACUCGACCGCGCGCUCGUGUGCCGCCCUCCAUCAUUCAGAUGCUGCUCGUCCUGCAGGGGGUUCACGAGUCUAAAGGUGUGAGCAGUGAUUACCUGAAGCUGGAGUCUCUGGUGCAGAAGGUGGUGUGUCCGUAUCUGGGGACGCGUGGCCUGUUCUGCGGCGAUGGCUCGGUGGCUCAGAGCUCGUGUGUUCUGGAGAAGCGUCUCCUGCGCCGAUGGCCGCGCUCCAGCGACUCGCACGCCAAGAACCUGGUGGUGCGCUCCAAGAGCUACAACAUCCCUGUGCUGACGCCGCUGGAGGAGCAUGACCCCGAGAGCAGCGCCGCGGUCAGACGUCACUCCGUGUGUCAGAUGACGUCCUGCGCAGAAGAGCCAGACGUCUGUGAGGAUCCGUCUCCUCCCGUCUGCUCCGAGACCAUCGUGGACCAGAUCCUGGAGUCUCUGGACUCAGACACCGAGGGAAUCUUCAUCGACUUCCGCCGGCAGCGUUCCAGCUCCGACGUCAGCCGGGAGAGCGAGAGCGCGGCGUGACCUUUGACCUGUCCACACGCCGCUGACGAUGCACCAGCAGAGCUUUAGAACGAAGGGAGUUUGUUUCAGGACGUUGAAGGGAGUGUUCAGAAAGCAGACGAACACACUUCUCCGCUGUACUAGUGCACCGAAUCAUGACCGAGCGCUUUUACAUUUAUGUGAAGUUGCUUUGAGCAGAAUUGGAUUACAUUAAGAUUGUCAUUUAGCAGAUGGUUUUAUACAAAUGAGGACAGUAGAAGCAACAAAAGAGCAAUGAAAUAUAAGUGCUGUGACGUCGGUAGCCGAGGGUUAAUUGUGCAAAGUUGUGUUUUCAAGACGAUAGAGGACUCUUUCAGCAGCGGUGCACAUCUAAUGCACAAAAUCCAUUAACAAUUUGAACUAUUUAAAAAGUUCAUUAUCAAUGCAAUUUUGAGACUUUAGGAGAACAAUUGGAUCUGAAAUCAUUAGAAAGUGUAUAAAGCUAAUUGUUAAUUGCAGCAUGAUUUUUUUUUUAUUUUGUAAUGAUUUUUACAAUUAUGUGUUGAAUAAUGAUUCUGCCUUCAAAUAUUUUACUAAACAGAUGACUAUUUUUAUUUUAAUUCUAAUGUUAAGUAAAACGAUAUUUUGCUGGUGAUUAAAUAAGUUUGUCCUCA